UGCCGUGCCUUUAGUUAACCCCGUGCUUUCGCUGACAUUCUCACGUGUUGUGGUUCGUUUCGCUCGACACUUUAUGGCUCUGGCUAUGACUCUGGGUGAAAACAAGAUGUACAACGUAAUCCAGCAUUCGGUGUCCCAGACGAAUUGCGUGAUCGUGUCGCAGCCGCAGAAGACGACCGCGAUCGCCGGGAAGAGACCCUUAGCGCCGGCACCGGAAAGGGGCUCGGUUUUGGUCACCAACAACAACGACCUGCGUUGCAAGAGGAAAAUUCAGUUCAUGCCGUACGGGGCGCCGCCUCAGCAGCCCGCCUCCGUCGCCAGACGAAACGCCAGAGAACGCAACCGGGUGAAACAAGUGAACAACGGUUUCGCCACGCUGAGGUCGCACAUCCCCCAGAGUGUUUGUCAGGCUCUGUCUCCGCAGGGCAACUCGAGCCGCGGCGCAUCCAAAAAACUAUCCAAAGUAGAGACCCUGCGCCUCGCCGUAGAAUAUAUCCGAAGCCUGCAGCAGAUGAUCGACGACCACGAGCAGGAGCUCGGCAAUUCGUCCGCGGAAUCGCAAUCGCUUAACGACCAAAGGUUCUACGCCAGCUCGCCAGAUUCCAACAUCUACUCCGGCUCGUACCCGAUCCUCCUUCCAACCCCCGCGUGCUCGGAAGCAUCCGCUUCGCCCACACCGUCGCACAGCUCGGAGGGCUCUUUCUCCGCUACGUCCGCCUACACGAACGCCCUAUACCACCAUACCGAGAACUACGAAAACUACGACCCCAAGAGUCCGGAGGACGAGGAACUGCUGGACGCGAUCUUCUCUUGGCAGCAGGAAUAAGCUCUACGUUAAAGAACGCGUCCUUUGGCCAGUCCAGCAUAUAACCAAAAUCGUCCACAAUCUCGGAACCAAGUGCCUUCGUUUCAUUCCAGUGAGAGGUGAUAUUUAUUUUUUUGAAGAGUCUAUCA